AUGCUCAAACACAAAGGCAAGGGAAUCAAUCGAUUUGCGGCUGCUGCCAAUGCUGCAAAAACUGGAAGAUCUGUCUAUGCUGAUGAUGGUGCCAACUACAACCUACAAGCUGAAUAUCCCUAUCGAGUCAACUUUUACUUGCGUCCACCACCCUCAGAAAUCACCAUUGAAGAGUUCGAGACGUUUGCCCUGGAUCGUCUUCAAGUGCUGAGGGCUAUUGAAACUGCCACUGUGCGCAACAGAGACAUCAAGACUGAAAUUGCAAAACCGAUUGACGAGUACUUGCCUCUCAAAUCCAACAUGUCAAAAUCCGAUACACUUUACGAGGAGAGACGCAAAGAUCACAUCAGUCAUUUUGUUUUGCGAAUGGCUUACUGCAGAAGCGAUGAUCUGCGUGAUUGGUUUGUAAAGCAGGAGACAGCAUUGUUCAAAUAUAGAUUCGAGCAAGAAUCACUGGAGGAAAAGAAGAACUUUUUAAGGCACCUGAACCUGAAUUGGAAGAUUCUUUCAAACGAAGAAAAGGAAGAGAUCCGAGAGGAAUUGGAGAUUUGCUCAAGACCUCGACAAACAGCAACCGCGCAAGCUGUGCAAGACUAUGUGAAUUCAGAGACCUUUUUCGAGGUUGAUUUUUUCAAAGUGCCCUCAAUGGUAGCAAGCCGAUCCGUUUAUGUGAGAAGAGGAAAGGCGUAUGUUCCUAUGGCCGAUCAGAUCAAUCUUGUCAUGGUAGAGUUCAAAAAUCACUUGAUCAGAGCAUUGGAGGCAACGAGUAAAUUGCUACCAAGAAUGGAGGAAGAUGACAGAUUGAAGCCAAUCUUGCUCAACGUUGAAAAGCAAUACAUUGGAAGAAGCUACGAUGACAUAGGUGAUGCAACAGGGUCUAUCACAGCAAAGGAAGUCGAUUCAUUUAUUCAUCAUCAUGCACCCUUGUGUAUGCGCAAUUUGCACGAUUCCUUACGAGCUGACAAACAUCUCAAGCACGGAGGCAGACUUCAAUAUGGCCUAUUCUUGAAGGGCAUCGGACUGAGUGUGGAACAGGCUUUGAUCUUUUGGAGACAGGCCUUUGCCAACAUCACAGACGACAAAUUCCAGAAAGAAUAUGCUUACAACAUUCGAUACAAUUACGGCCUUGAAGGCAAACGAGUCAAUUUUAAACCAUACAGCUGCUCAAAGAUCAUCACAAGCAACCCUCCUUCGACUGGCGAAAACCAUGGCUGUCCGUUCCGCCACUUUUCACCUGGCAAUCUCGAAGCUAGAUUACGUAGAGACAACAUCAAUGGAGCUCAUGUGGACGAAAUCUUGGAUCUUGUUCGCAACAAACAUUAUCAAUUGGCAUGCACAAAGCACUUUGAAGUGACUCAUCCUCAAAACAAGGAAAAAAUUGACAAUAUCGAGCAUCCAAAUACAUACUACGAACUGAGCAAACGUCUGGCAGAGAAGGAUAAGACGUCUGAGGGAGAAGCAUUAGCGGAUGAAUCCAUGGAAAUUGAUGCUUAA